AUAUUUAUUUAUAUAUAAAUACCUCUCCAAUCAAUCUCUUCUUCAAUCCCUCCUUCUAAUUUGCAUAAUUAUUUCAUUCCCUCAAUUAACUAAUUACUUCUCAUUUCAUUACAUUCAUCAAUGGCUUCUUCUUCAUCCCUCAAGCUCUCAUCCAUCACUCUCAUGGCCAUUGCCAUGGCUGCCUCUCUGGUUGAGAUGGCUGCAGCAGCUGAUUCUCCGGCCCCCAGCCCCACCUCGGCCGCCACCGUCUCCGUCCCCGCCGCCGCUUUCGCCUCCUUCACCGCCCUCGCCUUCGGCUUCCUUCUCUCUUGAUCAUUAAUCCAUUAAACCAUGCAUGCAUGCAAUGCUCUCUUCUUCAUAUUUGCUUUCCAUUAUUAAUUAAUUCACUUGUGAGUUUGUUGUAUAUUAAUUAUUGUCUCUAUUUGGAGGAGUGUUUGUUUAUUUUGUUAUUAUUGUGAAGAAGCUUGAUUUUUAAUCA